AUGUCUGGACACAUUUCACCCGAUCAUUCUCGCUCGGCUUCGAGGUCGUCUCAGACCCCACGGUUAUCUCAGGGACAGUAUGAAUCGAUGCCUCGCCACUCCCUCGGUCGCACGUCACGCCUAUCCAACCCCAAUGUCUUCUCCGACGAAUACUCUUUAGAACCCAUCGAUCUCGAUCAAAUUGAACGCGCCGCCAGUCCCGACUCCAUCGCCUCCUCAACAACAUUAACUCACCCUCCUAAUAAAUCUGCUGGUGCAACUUUAACGGAAAAUGCCGCCGACCCUUUCGCCGAUGACGCCCGGGUAUCCUUCGAGGAACCCCGUCGAUCCAGUUUACCACAGAAAGGAGGAUUCUCCAACAACCGUAAUUCUGUCUCAUCCAUCAAUAAUGCUGCCUUUGCUGUGCAAAGGAAUCAAAGCGUUUCCUCCCGUUUCUCUAUCCCCCGCGCUCUCAGCCCCUACACCGGUGCGACCGGCCCCAGUCAUCCAUAUUCAAUGUACCCUCAAGUCGGGGUCAGCCGUACCAACAGUGUAGCCAGUGUCUCGACAAUUCGUCCGCAUGAUCGACCGCUAGGCGAAACCAGUGGUCCCCAACAUCCUUAUGGGAUGUACGCUCAAAAUGUUGUUGAAGAAGGGAUGGACGAUGAUAUUCCGGUCGGCUUCAAUGGGCUUAACACCUCAUAUCAACCGCCUCCUAGCCGUCGAAUUGAUGACGUUGGCGAUAUUAUUGGACCGGAUGGGCAUACAGAACCACUUCCUCCUUAUUCACGAUAUCCCGCGGGAGUUGUUCCAAAACCACCUGGGGUAGAGACCUUGGCAAAUGGAACCCCCACAACCGUCGACAUUCAUCUGCCACCCGAUGAGCAUCAAUUGAGUUCAACUUCAAGAGAGCCAAUCUCAAAUACAUCCUCAAGAGCCCUAAUCUCCGGUGGAUCAGAGACUAGUGAGCGUAAUACGGCAACGGCCGCGGCAGCAGCCGGUGUCACGGGAGCCACCACAUUAACGGGCAUCAUGGCUUUCGAGGAGAAGCUGAAGCGUAAAGGAAAACAAACAGCUUGUUGCGGCCUGCCGGUCUGGACGCUCGUCCUCAUUGUGACGGUAAUGUUGAUUGGAGGUUCUAUUGGAGGUGCCAUUGGCGGUGUUCUUGGCACAAGGAGAGCUCAGGAAGCCGACCGGAAAGCAAGCCAGUCGCAAGGUCCGCAUAUUGUCACUGUGACUGCUUCACCUCAAAUGGAUUAUUCCUCGAUAACGACCACACCAACAAACUACUCGCCAGCACCGACCGGUCACUAUAACAUUGACCCAGUCUUGCAGAAUUACUCUCGCAUGUGUGUCGUGGACCACGAUAUUAAGGAGGUCUGGAGCUGUCUUGAAUCAACCAAUGAUUUUGAGGUUUACAUCGCAGGUUCUAAUGGCCAACAAUCUAUUGUUUUCCUUGAUGAUUCCCCAACGUCAACUUACUCAUAUGGUGCCCAGCAACCUGUUCUUCCAACUCCCACCCAAAAUUUGAGCAUGGUUAUUGAUACCAGCGAGGCGUAUCUUGGGCCUGCUCUCUUUUUCUGGUCGUACUUUGACAAGCUUGUGAUUUUGCCCGAGGAUGCGAUUGAUCCAUCCACCGUUUCUAAACGGGAUGAUAUCACAGCAGAGAGCUUUUCAUCCCACAUCCAGCAAAAACAGACUGCUCAGCCUGGCGAUAAGCCGUGGUUCUGCUGGUGGAACAGCACGAUGCUGGAAUUCUUCCUGUAUGUCAAUCGAACUGCACACGAUACUUCAUAUGAUGCGACUGCUGUCACUGGCGGCAACCUUGCAGCGAGCAUGGCUACGACCAACGCCAAAGUCAAGCGUGAUGACAUCACCCAAUAUCCCCGGAUUGUCAAAAUGGAAGAGCGACGAAACCACCAAGGCGCCACUUCGCCAUACUGCCAGCAGAUGCAGGUGGAAAGCAAUGGUCAAAUCCAAUCCAUUCCAAGCCAGGUUUAUUCGGUCCAGGAGGUUGAACCCACCCCAACAACCACAGUAUCCAACACUGCCUAUGGCGCUGAUCAGACAUAUACUGCAAAGGCACAAUGGGCUACCCCGUGUUACUGUGUGGGAGUAUCUGAUUAG